UGUUAUUGCUCCUGGAACAGCAUUUCAGUCGGCUUGUGGCGAAUUGACGCCAAAUGCCAAAUUUGCACUUGGUGAAUAUGCACCACUAAAUCACAAUAUCAGCGGAAAUUAUGAGGACCUUUAGGGGUUUUACAUGUUGAGAUCUGUCUUGUAAAGGAACCCUGUGUCCAGAGUUAGAGUUACAACCUUUUAAUAUUUCAGUUUUGUUGCAUAAAUCUGUUUAUUCCACAAACUAACUGACACCCAGUAGACCUGGAGCCAUGUUUCGAGUUGCCUAGUGAUCCAGUGCUUUAUGAUGAGGCUAGUUUGUAGUUUGCUGUGUGCACUUUACAUCAAGGUACUUGUAGGGGUCAGGGCACAAACACAAUGCAGAGAGAGGAGGGCUCAGGGGGUCAGGGGGACAACAGAUAAUUGUCUUCCACUAUGUUGUAGCCUAUAUGAAUGCUGCUUUUUAAAAAACAGGUUUGUGUUGGCCAAAAUUGAUAACUUCAGUUUCUUGGAGUAAAAAUAAGAUGAAACAUCCAGCUGGAUUAAUUGAAUUAGUUGAACUGGUUAGAUAAUAUGUGCAGCUGCCAAGAUGCUGUGAGUCAUUAUUAUCUGAUUUGAGUUCAUUAUAAUCCCAUCUCAAAAUACUGAAAAGGGCGCAUUGUGGUAAGAGAACUGGAUACAGCGUCGGAGACGGGGCCCAUUCACUCCGCAUGAAGCGCCAUUGAGCAACUUCUUCUAGCUGUUUCCCUGAAUUGAAAGAGUUUGAAAGUCAUGCGCAGUUUCCUUUAUGUGAAAGUGCACAAAUUACGUAAACUUUGGAGCUGACGACGUGUGAAGCAUCUGGACACCACUGCACGGACAGACGAAUCUUCUGCUCUGCUUUCACUUCUGUUCACAUUGCACAUAUUCCUGCAGAUUCUGUCUGUUUUAAAUUUCUAACUCUCAGUUGUGCACAGCAAGAUGGCAGAGCCCAGGGGGAUCCUGAUAAAAGGAGGUAAAGUUGUGAAUGAGGAGUGCUCCGUCAUCGGCGACGUCUACAUUGAAAAUGGGAAAAUAGUAGAAGUUGGACUGAAUCUUCAGAUCCCAGCGGGAGUGCGAGUCAUUGAUGCCACCGGGAAACUGGUGAUCCCUGGCGGCAUUGACACGCACACACACAUGGAGCUGGCGUUCAUGGGCACCAAGGCUGUGGAUGACUUCCACAUCGGAACCAAGGCUGCUGUAGCAGGAGGAACCACAAUGAUCCUGGACUUUGUCAUCCCCCAAAAAGGCAAGUCUCUCCUGGAGGCCUAUGACUGCUGGCGCAACACAGCUGACCCCAAGGUUUGCUGCGACUACUCGCUGCAUGUCGCCGUCACAUGGUGGAGUGACAAGGUCAAGAAAGAGAUGGAGAUUCUGGCAAAAGAGAAAGGAGUCAAUUCCUUCAAGAUGUUUAUGGCCUAUAAAGAUGUGUUCAUGCUGCAGGACUCUGAGCUAUAUGCUGCCUUCUCCCAGUGUAAAGAGAUCGGAGCUAUAGCUCAGGUGCAUGCUGAGAAUGGAGACCUGAUUGCAGAGGGGGCUAAGAAGAUGCUGUCCCUGGGCAUCACGGGGCCCGAGGGCCAUGAACUGUGCCGGCCGGAAGAAGUGGAGGCCGAGGCCACCCAGCGAGCCAUUACCAUCGCUCAUGCAGUCAACUGCCCGUUGUAUGUGGUCCAUGUCAUGAGUAAAUCUGCCGCCAAGGUGGUGUCCAACGCACGAAGAGAUGGGCGAGUGGUGUUCGGGGAACCCAUUGCGGCCGGAUUGGGCACCGAUGGUACUCACUACUGGCACAAAGAGUGGGCCCAUGCUGCUGCCUUUGUCAUGGGUCCCCCCCUCAGACCUGACCCCAGCACCCCUGGGUACCUGAUGGACCUGCUGGCCAAUGAUGAUCUAAGUGUGACGGGAACGGACAACUGCACCUUUUCUGUGUGCCAGAAGGCCCUCGGAAAAGACGACUUCACCAAGAUCCCUAACGGAGUGAACGGCGUGGAGGACAGGAUGUCUGUCAUCUGGGAGAAGGGAGUGCACAGUGGCAAAAUGGACGAGAAUCGAUUUGUAGCUGUCACCAGCAGCAACGCAGCAAAAAUCUUCAACUUCUACCCGCAGAAAGGCCGUAUCGCCAAGAACUCGGAUGCUGAUGUGGUUAUAUGGGACCCCAAGUUGACAAGGAAAAUAUCAGCCAAGACGCACCACCAGGCUGUGGACUACAACAUCUUCGAGGGCAUGGAGUGCCACGGUGUCCCUGUGGUCACCAUCUCCAGGGGCAAAGUGGUCUAUGAGGAUGGGCGGCUGAAGGCGACACCGGGCCAUGGCAAAUUCGUCCACAGAAAACCCUUUUCUGAAUUCGUUUAUAAACGAAUCCACCAGAGGGAGCAGGUGGGGAAACCAGCAGCUGUGAUCAGAAAGCCCUAUGAAGGAAAAGUUAUUUCUAUAUGAACAACUGAUCUAGAACAUGAAAGGCACUUUGGAUCUCCAGCUGCGUGGCAACAGUACAUCCAGGAGCUACCAAAGCCAAAACAACUGUGUAGUUUUUAACAGACACACAUCAAGAGUGGUUUCUACUUCUUUUUUUUUUUAACAUGUGACUGUUCUGCAAGUCGUACAUUUAUUAUGUAGUCAUUUAAAUCAGUGUGUGCAGUAAAGAAGGGGGGUGUUGGUCUUUAGAUCAACUCUGAUCAACAGUGAGAUCAAUGUUCUGUUAGCAGAUGUGUAUUUGUUCAACUCAGUGAGGUUUCCAGGUCAGCUCUGCUCAGUACACAGGUCAGCAGAACCCACUCUGCUGCUCUCACAUACAUUAUGCAAUCAAGUAAUUCACCGUAAGAAAUGAAAAAAGGCUUAUGCAUGAUUUCAUAGCAAAAAAAAAAGAAAUUGUGAUGAGAAAAGAGGAUCUUUUACCACUUUUAUAUUUGUGUAUGCUAGUGUAUUAAUUGUAUUGUAAAAAUCAUUUAAAAAAACCAUGCUUUAGUUGUGAAUGUGCCUGAUUCUACUGUAUCUGAGCCGAACUGUACCCUCGUUUUUUUCCUAAAUGUUUGUUGCCAUUGGCAACAGCGCUGAUUUUUCUUACCCAAAAGCAUCCUUCCCUUUGAUGAAAUAUUCACUAAAAAGCACUGACAUGCGUGAAAGUAUUAAGAUUUACUUUGUUGACCCAGAUUGACUCUGCAUUUGCAUAAUCAGCAGGAUUGCACAUUAUCAUAUUCACUCCAUCUAUGCCCAUUUAUGGACUGCAUUCAUUCCUUCCCAUGGUAAAAAGGUCUGUGGCUGUCACCGAGCAUCAUGUGGCAGCUUCCUAUUGGGCUGAAAUGCUGGCGUGGUAUUAUGGCCACGGGGCCAGUGUAGACAUAAUGUGAGCUUAUCAGGUUGCCACACGGGUCAGUGGCAGCGUGUGAGUCACAGAAGGCCUACUCAUCCUUGAGCUUUACCACUUCCUCCUUCUUGUCUCUGACAGUGGAAGGGAUGGUGUGGCACCAGCGGUAUGGGAUUGUACAGUUGAGACUCUGAGAAUGGGGAAAUGUACCAUACUGGAUUAAGAACAGUCUUCUUCUUCUAGAUCAUAAUUGGAGGACAAAUAUGUAGAAGCAAAACCAGCUCAUGGAAUACUGAGGUGGAGGAACUAAAAUGAGAACAAGUAAUGUGCAGGAAGAAAGAAAAACAGGACCAGAGGCUUUAAAAAGGCUACCACUUUCUGAUAAGGCCCCAAAAUGUUUUGAAUUUAAACUAAUAUCUUCAUUUUGGUUAAUAAAUCAUUUGGUAAUACUUCAUAGACUAGUUAUAAGCUCACACAGUAUUUGGGUUUCCAGGCUGUCUUUUGUAACAAGGCCUUAAGUUUACAGUUUUUUUAGUAAGUCAUCAAUAAAUUACUUACUUUUAUUUUUUGAUUUUACAUUUUUACAAUAAUCUAUCAAGGUGGGGGACAAACUUAUUAAUGACAAACUUAUUAAGUUCUUACUAAUGGCGUAUUAAUGAUCUGUAAAGCAUCAGUGAAUCAUUUUUUAACCAUCAAUAAAGCUACAACUUAUAAAUGCAUCAUAAAGUGUGUCUUAUUACAAAGUGGUACCAAAUGAAGUCAUAUGAACCAACUUAACAUUGAGCGCUCACCACUGCAUAUCUCGCCUGUCGGAUUCUUUAUCACACAUACAAAGAAAGAUAUGUCAUCCCUGUGUUAGGUGAAUACAUUAACACCGGCAAGAUGUUAAUGAGCAGUGACAGUGCGUUUAUGUGGAAAGAGGACAGUACUGUUCACUGCACAUGUAGGGGACAUCUGUCUUGGAUUAUGUAAGCAAAUAUCUGUUCUACUCUCUGCAGGGGAGCAUUACACAUGGAGGUAAUAUACAGAAGCUUGCCUCUGUAUCUCAGGUUACUGGAGAUUGUUCGGUGCUGUAUUCUACACAAAUACAGUAAAGUGCUUAUAAAUAAAAUGAUUCACUGCUACUAUCACACACAAUUUAUAACUGCAAACUUAAAUUAGAGGUACAAAGUAAAACAAAAGAUACAAGUUUAUUUUCUAUAAGAGUAUACGGUAUAUAGGACUUAAAUGUUAUUCCUUUAGUUAGCAUAAUUGUGGCAUCCAUUCAAAAUACAGAGUACAUCUUGUUAUCUUGCAGAUUAUUCUGAUGGUUCUGGGUACAUUCAUCAUAAAAUACUGUCACCUGCCUUGUUAUGUAAUGAACAUGAUGUAAUAUGUAUGUAUAACACCUCUAAUAAGUAAGAUGACAUUUCUAGUUGCAGAUUGCUCAUUAAAGCUAAAC